AUGGCAGACACCACAUACCCCACGGAGCUGUCAAGAGGAACAACAUCCAACUGUCCAACAGAGGCUAUCAGUCAGCAUGAAAUUUGGAUGUUGAAUGAGAUCUAUGCUGCAGCAAGAGGCUGCCUUAAGUGGAUCUCCAAGUUUUAUCUCCAGUACAGUUUCUCCAAUGAACAGUCACCCAGUAGCUCCAGAGAAAAGCUUGUCUUCACCAAGCACCUUCAUCAGGCUUCUCUCCACUCUGAAUCUUCUGAUGUGAGGGGUGGGACCUGUGCUGGUGCAUGGCCCCGGGGCGCAGAGCGGGUGCAGCAGGCUCCCCAACUGUGCAGCUGCUGCUUGUUUACCGCAGUCACACAGACCCUUCCUGCUGAGCUGGAGUCACUGACAUUCAAGGAUGUGGCUGUGGACUUCACCCAGGAGGAGUGGUGCCUCUUGGACCAUUCUCAGAAAAAGCUGUUCAAGGAAGUGAUGCUGGAAAACUCCCAGAACCUGCUCUCCCUGGGAAUUCCAGUUGUCAGAGAAGAUUUGCUCUCCCAUUUUGAGGACAGGGAAACACCAUGGAUCUUGGAUCAAAAAGGCCCAAGGAACUCCUGUCCAGAUGCAGAGACCAGGUUUGAAGUGAACACGUCUCCUUUAAAGCUGAGUAUUUUUGUAAAAGAAUCUCACCAGCAAAGAUUUGUGAGGGAUGGUCCUUGUGACUUCAAUUUGAGAGAAAUCUGUGACUGGGAUAUCAAGUUAGAGAAAAGUCUAAAUAGUCACUGUGAGUUUGAUAAAGAUAGAAAAGGAUUCUGCCAACAUUCAGUCCAAAUUCAGUGUGAGAAAAUGACCCCAGGAAAUGACUGUUGUCAAUAUAGUGAAGAAAGGAAACGUUUUACUAAAAAGAAUGGUUUUGUGCAUUCUUCUGAGAAACCUGAAGUGCAAAUGGAUCAAGGUAAUCAAUGGGAAAUGGCCUUCAGCUUCAGUUCAGACAUCAUUGGACAUCAGAAAAGUUAUCCUGGAGGAAUGCUUUAUUUAGGAAAUGAAAGUAGGAAGACCUUGAUCCAGAACUCAAAGCUCAAUGAACAUAAAAUUCACACUACAGGAAAACCUUAUGAAUGUAAUCUAUGUAAACAGGCUUUCACAAAUAGAUCCGGUCUUGGUAAACAUCAGAGAAUCCACAGUGGAGAGAAACCAUAUAAAUGUAAUCAAUGUGGAAAGGCUUUUGCACAGAACCACAAUCUUUUGACACAUCAGAAAAUCCACACUGGAGAGAAACCUUAUGAAUGUAAUUAUUGUGGAAAGACUUUCACACAGAAAAGCAAUCUUCUGACACAUCAGAAAAUCCACACUGGAGAGAAACCUUAUGAAUGUAAUCAAUGUGGAAAGACUUUUAGAACAAAAUGCAGUCUUGAUAUUCACCAAAGAACCCACACUGGAGAGAAACCUUAUAAAUGUAAUGAGUGUGGAAAGACUUUCACACAAACGUCCACUCUUUACCUUCAUCAGAGAACCCACACUGGAGAGAAAACUUAUGAUUGUAAUCAAUGUGGAAAGACUUUCACAACAAGGUCCACUCUUUAUUAUCAUCAGAGAAUCCACACUGGAGAGAAAACCUAUGCUUGUAAUCAGUGUGGAAAGACUUUCACAAAAAAGUCCACUCUUGCUGUACAUCAGAAAAUCCACACUGGAGAGAAACCUUUUGAAUGUAACCAAUGUGGAAAGGCUUUUGCAUAUAGGGCCCAUCUUGUUAACCACCUGAGGAUCCACACUAGAGAGAAACCUUAUAAAUGUAAUCAGUGUGGAAAGGCUUUCCGACAGAACUCUGGUCUUGCUGUACAUCUGAGAAUCCACACUGGAGAGAAACCACAUGUAUGUAAACAUUGUGGAAAGGCUUUCACACAGAAUUCCAAUCUUUUGAUACAUCAGAGAAUCCACACUGGAGAGAAACCUUAUGAAUGUAAUCAAUGUGGAAAGACUUUCAGUGUGAAAUACAGUCUUCAUGAACAUCAGAGAAUUCAUACUGGAGAGAAACCUUAUGAAUGUAAUGAAUGUGGAAAGACUUUCACAAAAAGGUCCACUCUUGCUAGCCAUCUGAGAAUCCAUACUAGAUAGAAAUGUUAUGAAUGCAAUCAACAUGGAAAGACUUUCAGAUGGAUGUCCACUCUUUAUCGACAUCAGAGAAUCCAUACUGGAGGGAAAACUUAUGUAUGGAAAGACUUUCACAAAAAAAGUCCACUCCUUCUAUACAUCAGAGAAUACAUACUGGAGAGAAACCUUUUGAAAGUAAUCAAUGUGAAUAGCCUUUCCAAAAAGAACUGCAGUCUUCUUGUGUCAGAGAUGUAGAGAAAUCUUAGGAAUGUAAUCAAUGUGGUAAAGCCUUCAAAGAGCAAUCAUCCCCUAUUUCCCCUCGGAGAAUUCCUAUUAGACAGAAAUGUUAUUCUGAUGAAUGAGGAAAGGCUUUCAAAUGGAAUACUAAGCUUGUUUAACAGCAGAAAACUCAUUCUGGGCAGAUGUAUUAUAUGGACUCAAUAGGGGAAGGCCUUCAGCCAGAGAUCAUCUCUUACUUGACAUCAGAGGAUUCCUACUGGAGAGAAACCUUAUGAAUUUGCUCAAUGGGGACAUAUAUAUCUCUGGAAGAUGGAGAUUACUAGACAUCUGGAUGUUCAUGUGGGAAAGAAGCCUGAGAAAUGCAAUGCCUUUUGUCAAUCUCAAGUUCUUUAUGUAAAGCUCAUGCAUGAUUAUACAUUGGAGAAAUCAUGCUGGAGGUAAAACUUAUGGAUCUAAGUAGUGGGGGAAGGCCUCUUGCUGUGGUAUAGACUUUGGUAG